AUGGCGGAGGGCGGCGGCGGACCGGCGCGGAGGAAGGCGCUGUCGCUGCUGGAGGCGGCCCGCUCCCGCUACGAGAGCCUGCAGAUCUCCGACGACGUCUUUGGGGAGUCGGGCCAGGACAGCAGCGGGAACCCCUUCUACAGCACCUCGGCUGACUCCCGCUCCGCCGCCUCUUCCCAGGACGAGGAGGACGACGAGGAGGACGAGGGCGCCGUCCCGGGCGGCCCCGGCCCCGUGGAGGAGGAGGAGGAGGAGGAAGCGGAGAAGGGGGGCUGGACCCGCUCGCUGCGAGACGUCCCACCCCCUCGCUUCAAGGAUGGCAGCGGUCCAACACGAAAAAUGCCCCUGACUGCCAGUGCCAUGGACUUUUUUCAACUCUUUGUCCCUGACAAUGUACUAAAGAAUAUGGUGGUCCAAACCAACAUGUAUGCCAAGAAGUACCAGGAGAGGUUCGGUAGUGACGAUGCCUGGAUUGAUGUCACCUUGACGGAAAUGAAGGCCUUCUUAGGCUAUAUGAUAUCAACCAGCAUCCAUCACUGUGAAUCCGUUCUCAGCAUCUGGAGCAGCGGCUUCUACAGCAACAAGAGCAUUGCACUUAUCAUGACACAAUCACGGUUUGAGAAGAUCCUGAAGUACUUCCACAUUGUGGCCUUCCGCUCAAGCCAGACUACGCAUGGCCUCUACAAAAUCCAGCCUUUUCUGGACUCUCUGCAGAAUGGCUUUGACUCCGCUUUUAGACCUUCGCAAGCCCAGGUACUACAUGAGCCCCUGAUUGAUGAGGAUCCCAUUUUCAUUGCCACGUGCACGGAGAGGGAGCUGCGCAAGAGGAAAAAGAGGAAAUUCAGUCUCUGGGUUCGGCAGUGCUCAUCCACUGGUUUUAUCUGCCAGAUUUAUGUCCAUCUCAAAGAAGGGAGUGGUGCUGAUGGGCUGGAUGCUUUGAAGAACAAACCGCAGCUCCACAGUAUGGUGGCCAAAAGCCUUUGUCAGAACGCCUCUGGGAAGAACUACAUCAUCUUCACGGGCCCGAGCAUUACCAGCCUGAACCUCUUUGAAGAAUUUGAGAAGCAAGGUAUUUACUGCUGUGGGUUGCUGAGCACCAGGAAGAGUGACUGCACAGGCCUACCUCCAUCCAUGCUGAACAACCCUGAAACUCCCCAGUCCAGGGGACAGUACAGAAUACGGAUGAAGGGAAACAUGUCCUUGAUCUGCUGGUACAAUAAAGGGCACUUCCGUUUUCUGACCAAUGCCUAUUCACCGGUUCAACAAGGAGUUAUAAUUAAGAGAAAAAGCGGAGAAAUUCCAUGCCCAUUGGCUGUUGAAGCAUUUGCUGCUCACCUUAGCUAUAUCUGCAAAUAUGAUGACAAAUACAGCAAGUAUUUCAUUUCUCACAAACCAAACAAGACCUGGCAACAAGUAUUCUGGUUUGCCAUCAGCAUCGCUAUAAACAAUGCCUACAUCCUCUACAAAAUGUCAGAGGCCUACCACGUGACAAGGUAUAGCCGCGCACAGUUUGGUGAAAGACUUGUAAAGGAGCUUCUGGGCUUGGAAGACACCUCACCCUCCCAUUGA